AUGGCUCUCAGUAUUUUAGUUAUGUGUAACCCUCUAUUGGACAUUAUCAUACAAAGGACUAAAGAGGAGAUUGAAAACCUUGGACUAGAAUUAGGGUCUGCUACUGUAAGAGAUGGUGAAAAUACUCUUAAACUAAUUCAUUCUAUAAUUAGUGGGGAGAAAGACGUGAACUUUGUAGUUGGUGGAUCACUUUUAAAUUCAUUGAGAGUAUGUCAAGGAUUUUUUAAAAAUGAUGAUAAUAUAGAGUUAUAUUUUACUGGAAGUAUAGGUAAUGACUCUCGUGGAAUUUUGAUGCAAGAACUGCUUGUAGAGUUGGGGAUUAAAAGUGAAUUGAAUAUAUGUAAACAUUCUAAACUAGAGACAGCAAUUUGUGCAGCCUUUAUAACUAACAAAGAAAGAACUUUACUAGCAUCUCUUGGGGCAGCAAAAGAAUAUUCUAUGGCAACAUUUUUAAGACCUUCACUGCAGAAGGUACUACAUAAUGCAAGCAUAGUUGCUGCCAGUGGUUACUUUGUGGAAGUAUGUUUUGAUGCAGUAAUAGAAGCUGCAAGGGUCUGUAACAAAAAUUUUAGUACUUUUAUUUUUAAUCUUUCAGCAGUAUAUAUUACUCAGAAGUAUAUUAAGCAGCUUACUCUGUUACUACCUUAUGUUGAUUACUUAAUCGGAAACUCAAAAGAAUUUGUAAGUUUAUGUGAAAUUCUCAAAUGUAAUUCAAGAUCUGGUUUUAGAAUAGUUAAGAGUGGUAGCUAUGACGAUUGUUCAAAUUUAACUACAUUUGAGAAUAAAUAUGCUACAAUGAAAGAUAGUAAUGAAGACUCUAAGUUUACUAAUAAGAAGUUAGUAUUGAGAAAUACCAUCGAUAUAACUAAGAAAGAAGAGAUAUUAGGAAAUAGGAUUAGUGAAACUCCAAGUAUAGUGAUGGAAGAUCUUUUGUUAGAAAUAUUUGAAUAUGUUAAAGCAGCAUGUAAGAUCAUUUGUACUCGUGGAAAAUAUCCUUUAAUGUUAGUCCAAAGAGAAAGUGAGAAUACUGAACAAAUAAGGGGGAUUAUUGAUUAUUACAACUGUAUAAAUGUACCUGAAGAGAAACAAGUUGACUUUAAUGGAUGUGGUGAUGGAUUCCAGGGUGGUUUAAUGUAUGGUUUAGCAAAGUCCUAUCCUUUACAUGAGUGUAUUUAUCUAGGAGUUUAUGCAGCAUCAAUAAUAUUACAAAAUGUUGGUUGUUCUUUUGACUCUAUAGAGCCAUUGAAGGGACAAGAACUUGUCGGUGCCUUGAAAGAGUUUAAAGUUGCAAAUACAAAGAGAGACUUAAUAAAGAAGGUAUAA